UUCGAGGAGGAGCGGGAGGCGGCGGCAGCGGACGCGUAGGAAGGCUAGGAGGCGCGGGAGGAGCCGGGGGAAGGAGCGCGGGCCGCGCGGCACGCCGGAGCCGCCCCCGCCGCGUGGGUCCCCUCCCCUGCCUGCCCGCCCCACCCGGGGCCAUCCAGAGCCCCGGCGCACGGCCGCCCGCGGAGGGUCGCCGCGCCAGCCAAGUUGGAAUGGGGGCCUGCAACCACUGCCCGGCGCCCGAGAGGCCACCUGCGUGCUAGAGGCAAACUUUUGUCUCCUCGGGUUGCCACCCAGGACUAUGAGCGGCUGAGAUGGAGACGUCUGCCCCAGCCACUGCCUCGGAGAAGAAAGAAGCCAAAAGCGGGAUCCUGGAGGGCAGUGCUUUCCCUGACCCGGGUAAAAAGGCCUGUCCCCUCGCUGUGGCCGCAGCGGCAGCCGUGGCUGCCCAAGGAGUGCCGCAGCACCUCUUGCCACCGUUCCAUGCACCCUUGCCGAUUGACAUGCGACACCAGGAGGGAAGGUACCAUUACGAGCCUCACUCUGUCCACAGCGUACAUGGGCCGGCUACUCUGAGCGGCAGCCCCGUCAUCUCGGACAUCUCCUUGAUCCGGCUUUCCCCGCACCCUGCUGGCCCUGGGGAGUCCCCAUUCAACGCCCCCCACCCCUAUGUGAACCCCCACAUGGAGCACUACCUCCGGUCUGUGCACAGCAGCCCCACGCUCUCCAUGAUCUCUGCAGCCAGGGGUCUCAGCCCCACCGAUGUGGCCCAUGAGCACCUGAAGGAAAGGGGCCUAUUUGGCCUCGCUGCCCCAGGCACCAACCCCUCAGACUAUUACCAUCAGAUGACACUCAUGGCCGGCCACCCCGCACCCUACGGGGACCUGCUGGUGCAGAGUGGGAGUGCUGCUGGUGCACCCCAUCUCCACGACUACCUCAACCCGGUGGAUGGUGAUGCUGAUGCACCUUUUGUUGGCUGUUGUGCAGUGUCCCGAUUCUCCAGCCCCCGGGUGACCCCCCGCCUGAGCCGCAAGCGGGCGCUGUCCAUCUCUCCGCUCUCAGAUGCCAGCCUUGACCUGCAGCGGAUGAUCCGGACCUCACCCAACUCGCUGGUGGCCUACAUCAACAACUCACGCAGCAGCUCAGCAGCCAGUGGCUCCUAUGGGCACCUAUCAGCGGGUGCCCUCAGCCCGGCCUUCACCUUCCCCCAUCCCAUCAACCCCGUUGCCUACCAGCAAAUCCUGAGCCAGCAGCGGGGCCUGGGCUCGGCCUUUGGACACACGCCACCCCUGAUUCAGCCCUCGCCCACCUUCCUGGCCCAGCAGCCCAUGGCCCUCACCUCCAUCAGCACCGCGCCCACCCAGCUCAAUAGCAGUAGCAACUGUCCGAGUGAUGCCAACCAGAACAAGCAGAGCAGUGAAUCAGCUGUGAGCAGCACUGUGAAUCCCAUCACCAUUCACAAACGCAGCAAGGUCAAGACCGAGGCCGAGGGUCUACGGCCAGCCUCCCCACUGGGACUGACGCAGGAGCAGCUGGCUGACCUCAAGGAAGACCUGGACAGGGAUGACUGUAAGCAGGAGGCCGAGGUGGUCAUCUAUGAGACAAACUGCCACUGGGAAGACUGCACCAAGGAGUAUGACACCCAAGAGCAGCUGGUGCACCACAUCAACAACGAGCACAUCCAUGGGGAGAAGAAGGAGUUUGUGUGCCGCUGGCAGGCCUGCACGCGCGAGCAGAAGCCCUUCAAAGCGCAGUACAUGCUGGUGGUUCACAUGCGGCGGCACACAGGCGAGAAGCCACACAAGUGCACGUUCGAGGGCUGCUCAAAGGCCUAUUCCCGUCUGGAGAACCUGAAGACGCACCUGCGUUCCCAUACCGGAGAGAAGCCAUACGUAUGCGAGCACGAGGGCUGCAACAAGGCCUUCUCCAAUGCCUCUGACCGCGCUAAGCACCAGAAUCGCACCCACUCGAACGAGAAACCCUACAUCUGCAAGAUCCCAGGCUGUACCAAGCGGUACACAGACCCCAGCUCACUCCGGAAGCACGUGAAAACAGUCCAUGGCCCAGAUGCACAUGUCACCAAGAAGCAGCGCAAUGAUGUGCACCUUCGCGCCCCACUGCUCAAGGAGAAUGGGGACAAUGAGGCCAGCAUCGAGCCUGGCGGCCGGGGAUCUGAGGACAGUGCCGAGGCCAGCAGCACCAGCCAGGCAGUGGAGGACUGCCUGCACAUCAGAGCCAUCAAGACAGAGGGCUCCGGGCUGUGUCAGUCCAGCCCCGGGGCCCAGUCAUCCUGCAGCAGUGAGCCCUCUCCCCUGGGCAGUGCCCCCAACAAUGACAGCGGCGUGGAGAUGCCGGGGGCGGGGCCCGGGAGCCUGGGAGACCUGACGGCACUGGAUGACACAACGCCAGGGGCCGACGCCCCAGCCCUCGCUACCCCCUCCACUGGUGGCCUGCAGUUGCGCAAACACGUGAGCUCCAUGCACCGGUUUGAGCAGCUCAAGAGAGAGAAGCUUAAGUCCCUCAAGGAUUCCUGCUCCUGGGCUGGCCCGGCCCCACACACCCGGAACACCAAGCUGCCUCCCCUCCCGGCAAGUGGCUCCAUCCUGGAAAACUUCAGUGGCCCUGGGGGCGGCGGGCCUGCAGGGAUGCUGCCCAACCCCAGGCUGUCUGAGCUGUCUGCUGGCGAGGUGACCAUGCUGAGCCAACUGCAGGAGCGCCGCGACAGCUCCACCAGCACGGUCAGCUCGGCCUACACGGUGAGCCGCCGCUCCUCCGGCAUCUCCCCCUACUUCUCCAGUCGCCGCUCCAGCGAGGCCUCGCCUCUGGGCCCUGGCCGCCCGCACAAUGCCAGCUCCGCGGACUCCUACGACCCCAUCUCCACUGACGCAUCGCGGCGCUCCAGCGAGGCCAGCCAGUGUAGCGGUGGUGGCUCCGGACUGCUCAACCUCACGCCAGCGCAGCAAUACAGCCUACGAGCCAAGUACGCCGCAGCCACGGGCGGCCCGCCACCCACACCACUGCCUGGUCUGGAGCGUGUGAGCCUGCGGACCAGGUUGGCAUUGCUGGACGCGCCCGAGCGUGCGCUUCCCGGCACCUGCCCACACCCACUGGGGCCACGGCGUGGCAGUGAUGGGCCUGUCUAUGGCCACGGCCAUGGCCCCCUGGGGGUCGCGCCUGCCUUCCCCCAUGAGGCACCGGGCGGCGGAGCGCGGCGGGCCAGUGACCCAGUGCGGCGGCCCGACGCCCUGACCUUGCCACGUGUGCAGCGCUUCCACAGUGCACACAACAUGAACCCUGGCCUGCUGCUUCCCUGCGCAGAAAGGCGUGGCCUCCGCCUGCAGAGCCACCCCAGCACCGAGGGCCCCCUGGCCCGCAGCGCCUACUCUCCCCGGCCACCCAGCAUCAGCGAGAAUGUGGUGAUGGAGGCCAUGGCUGCAGGAGUGGAUGGUACAGGGCCCGAGCCUGACCUGGGGCUGCCGGAAGACGACCUGGUACUGCCGGACGAUGUGGUGCAGUACAUCAAAGCGCACACGGGUGGUACGUUGGAUGACAGCACAAGGCAGCUGUAUCCCCCGGAAAGCACUGGCUUCCCUGAGAACCCCAAACUGCCCAGCCCCGGGCUGCACGGCCAUCGAAGGGUAGCAGUUGCAGACUCCAAUGUGGGCCCCUCCACCCCUGGGAUGGGAGGCUGCCAGCUGGGGUAUGGGGCCCCCUCCGGCCUGAACAAAAAUAACAUGCCGGUGCAGUGGAAUGAGGUGAGCUCUGGCACUGUGGACACCCUGCCUAGCCAAGUGAAACCACCGCCCUUCCCCCAGGGCAACUUGGCCAUGGUGCAGCAGAAGUCAGCCUUUGGUCAGUAUCCUGGCUAUAGUACGCAGGGCCUGCAGCCGAGCCCAGGGGUCCUGGAUAGCACACAGACCCGCAGUGGAGCCCCCUCUGCAACCAGAGGCAACUACAUGCAGCAGCUUCGACACCCAGCCACAGGAGGCCAGUGUGUCAGCAUGACCACCGCUGGGAACCCCCACACCACCUAUGGCCCAGCCCACCCGCAACUGAGCCCCAGCAGUGUCAGUGGGAACCUGAACCAGUUCCCCACCUCCUGCAGCAAUAUUGCAGCCAAACCAGGCCCCCUGGGGCUCCCUCAGCAGAUGGAAAUUGGCUCUGACCCCACCUUGAUGGGCAGCCACCAUAGGGAGCUGGGGGUGCCACCACCGCAUGCAACCCAGAGCUACCCACAGCAGAGCCAUCACUUGGCAGCCCCCCUGAGUCAGGAAGCCUACCGCCAGGCCCCUAGCCUCCUCCCUUCCAAUCAGCCUGGCUUUAUGGAGCCUCAGCAGGGCUCCAUGGGGCCGGCGGCAUCCAGCUUUGGCUUAAUACAACCCCGACCACCCCUUGAGCCCAGCCCUGCUGGCCACCACCGUGGGGUACGUGCUGGGCAGCAGCAGUUGGCCUAUGCCAGGGCCACUGGCCAGACUAUGGCCACCAUGUCAGGUAGCCAGGAGACUGCAGAAGCCGUGCCCAAGGGAGCAGUGGGCACCAUCAGGUCACUGCCUCCUCAGCUGGCCCUGCAGGAUGCAGGGGGGACGCAAGACCACAGCAUGGUCUACUACUAUGGCCAGAUCCACAUGUACGAACAGAAUGGAGGCCUGGAAGGCCAUGGAGGCUCCCCAGCUACAAGACCCCAGCCGCCACAAUCACAGCCCUGCCCAGACAGUGUCCAGCCCCAGCCCUUGCCCUCACCAGGAGUCAACCAGGUGUCCAGCACUGUGGACUCCCAGCUCCUGGAGGCCCCCCAGAUCGACUUUGAUGCCAUCAUGGAUGAUGGUGACCACUCGAGCCUGUUCUCCGGUGUGCUGAGCCCCAGCCUCCUCCACAACCUCUCCCAGAGCUCCUCCCGCCUCACCACCCCUCGGAAUUCCCUGACCCUGCCCUCCAUCCCCACGGGCAUCAGCAACAUGGCAGUCGGGGACAUGAGCUCCAUGCUCACCAGCCUAGCCGAGGAGAGCAAGUUCCUGAACAUGAUGACCUAAGGCCCCAACCCCUGGCCCAGAGAGGGCCCAGAGGGGUCCUUGCUUCCCUGGAGUACAGCAAUUCUACUCUCCCAUCCAUUUCAUCUUUUUCAAAGAGUAAUAUUAAGUUGACCGAAGAGUUUUUGCCAGUGGCUGGUUCAGGCUACAGAUGUUUUAAGAGAGGGUUUAUGGGCAUCCUCUCUGGUCUCUUGGACUAUAUUUUGGAACACUAAAAAGAGUCUUAAUCGGCACGGAAAGAGUGAAAAGCACAUUUACACAGCGCUUGCCAGGCUUUGGUGUUUAUGGGACCACUCUGUUCUGGCUUCUUCGCUCUGUCAUUUGGCUAAUGAGGGAUUACAUUGGCCAGCAGCUUUCAAGUAUAUGUGGAGACAGCAAGAAACCACGGUUGGGUUUGAAUCCGAAAGUGGUACUUGGAGAGUCUGCUUCGAGAAGAUGGGCUUCUCAUUCUGCCACCUGCCAGAAAAAGGAAUUUGGGGCUCUUUCUUUGGAUUUUUCUUUGAGCUUAAAUCUUGAGGUCACUGAGGUCCCUUGCCAAAGAGGAGAAAAUCGCAGUCUGCCAGGACGUUUCGGAAGCACAUUGUAAUUCCAGGUUUGGUAGAGUUGGCAUCUCUACCCUCUGGAGCAGGGUUCGGGACCAACAGAUUGGCCAAGUGUGUGUGAAUGAAUAAAAUAUAUAAAUAUUGCCAGUGUACUAUAUGGGGCAAGUCCAGAGGCUGCCCAUGUUUACAGUGUUCCUGCAUGGAGAAUGUAGCCCUUCCUGAAAAGAACGCUUGUUCCUAAAUACCUCGGGGCUGCCAGAGCUACUGCGGGUUAGAGAUGGACUAGGCCUUGAGGAGGUGGGGAUGCAGCCGGGGCCCAGCCUCAGGCCACCCCGGAACAUUCCCAGUAGGAAGAGGAAGUCGCAUGUUUACUCAGCCUUGUUUCUCCAAUGCACUAUCUGCCCACUUUACCAUGGAAAACCCAAGGGCUUGACAGUGGCCUCUACCCAGGCUCCCCUAAGCUAUGCUGAGUGGCCCUUGGCUGCCAGCAGCCCAGUGGUCCAUGCCAAGCCACGACAUGCAGUCCCAGUACCUUAUGGAUUCCUUAACCUCCGUGUCCUCCUCCCCCAGUUAUUUGGCAGAGAAUGAUGACAUGCAUGGUCUUUGGGGUGGGGUGGGGGGGUGAAGGGGUUGAUUUUCAGACUCUGAGGGAUCAUUGCUGAAGUUUCCUGUUCAGUGUGACCAAGCCUCACCUCAAAGUGGAAUUUGGAACUGGCUCCAAGAAGACGUCGUUCUAGCACAUCCUGCAGGAUGAAUCAGUGCAUCUUCUGCACCACCACACACGCACGCACACACACACAUCCCAGACUUUCUGCUGAAUUUGUAGCAUCCUGGCCAAACCAACUGCAUCACUCAGAGCUUCGUUCUUGCUGUGCCCUUGGCUUCAGUGAGGAACUUCUUAGCAAUUCCUACAAGCAGGGCCAGAACCUGAUUAGCUGGGUCCCCUGUGUCCCUGCACAUCGAGCGCCUUGUUAAGGCCCACAGACAAGGCCAGCUCCAGAUGACAGUCCUGGGACAUCACCGAGCUUGUGGUGGUGUGUGUCCCCUCCUAAGUUGAGACUGUGCUCACUAUUCCCAACCUGUAUAUAUUCUGUGCAGAAGAUACCAUCCUUGAAUAUAUUGUAGGUGAAUUGUCCAGCCAAAUUUAUAUCUCCAAAACAUUUUUAGCUUUUUCUACAUGCUAUGAAUUGAGAUGACAUGCUCAACUUGUAAAUAAGUCUUUUUGUACAUUAAAAAAGUAAUUUUUUCAUAA